AUGAAUUUCCAAACUGUGAGCGAACAGCAGACUGCGGGCCCCAGUACCGGGAUGCCACAGCAACCGGCCGACUCAGAGCUGUCAUCGCAAACUGAUCGUGACGCAAUUCUGAGAUUUUUCGAUGAGUCUGAUUCAGACACUGAGUUUAAAGGCUUUACAGUGGAAGAAAUAGACGAAGGGAGAUUGAGAUGUGAAUUGCUAUGCCAAAAUACCAACUGUGGCAGUGACAUCGAUCCUAAUGAACUGUUAGACUUGCUGAAUGCCGACAGUGACUCGGACUCUGAUGCCGAUGACUCCGCCGAUACACCAAACAUCUGGUCAAAUGAAAGGACCGACGUGAACAUUCAAGCACAUGACGACCAGUUUUCAGGACCAAGACAUGGUGUUGGUUUUGACGGGGAACCACUGGAUUUUUUUAAAUUAUAUUUUACGGACGAUUUUUUGGAUUUGUUGGUCGGGGAAACAAAUAAAUACGCUAGACAUAGACAGGAAGUUACCGGGCGCGUAGACCGGCAUUGGUAUGAAAUGGACAGAGAUGAAAUGAGUGCCUAUUUCGGUGUUAUCAUCCUGAUGAGAAUACAUCCGCUUCCAGAAGUACCGGAUUAUUGGUCUUCAGAUGACCGUCUCCAAGUUCCCGGAGUGGCAAAAGUCAUGCCACGAAACAGGUUCAUCAAAAAUAGCCAGUAUCUCCAUCUCAGUGAUUUUGUUAGCGAACCUAAUCGGACUGACCCAAACCGCGAUCGUCUUUACAAAGUUCGGCCUAUCAUCGACCUUGUCCGUAAGACAUUUCCUGAACAUUUCUAUCCAUUCAAAGAAAUAUCUGUUGAUGAGGCAAUGUGUAAAUUUAAAGGCAGGUCUCAUAUGAUCCAAUAUAUGCCCGGGAAGCCAGUAAAGUGGGGCUUCAAAAUAUGGUCUGUCGCAUGUCCCAGAACAGGCUACACAUUUGAUAUGUCCCCGUACACUGGCAAGAAAAGCACUCCUGAGAAAGGUCUUGGUUACCAGGUUGUCUGUGAUUUAACACAGCAAUAUUUUUAUUUUGGUCACCAUAUUUAUUAUGAUAAUUUUUUCAGUUCUGUACAGAUAGCAUUAGAUUUAUAUUCCAAAGACACAUACAUUUGUAGCACCAUUCGUAAAAAUAGUAAAGGGCUGCCAGGGGAAAUAAAGAAUUCUGUGAAAAUGAAACAGGGUGACUAUAUUGUACGUCAGAGUCAGAAAGUUGUUGCUUGUACCUGGUAUGAUAAACGUGAAGUUCGAAUGCUGACAACAAAUUGUUCACCAGGUGGGAGAGAUGUCACCAGGGGUGGGAAAACAUUUUUUACUCCUUUUUCUGUUUUGCAAUAUAAUCAGUACAUGGGUGGUGUGGAUCUGAGUGACCAGUUGGCAUCUUACUAUUCCAUUAGUAAGAAGUAUAUGAAAUAUUGGAAGUAUCUUUUUUUCUUCUUUAUCCAACGAAUGAUUGUUAAUUCUUUUAUUUUAUAUUCAAUUGCUCACUCCCCUAAUCCAAGAAGAAGGUAUAGGCAACUAGAUUUUCGUCUUGAUUUAUCAAGUCAGCUCAUUGCUGGGUACUGUAGUCGUAAAAAAACGUGGGCCACAACCACAGUCACUUGGUGUUGA